AUGCCCUUCGGCCUGAUGCGUAGAGAGCUGGCGUGCGAGGGAUACCCCAUCGAGCUGCGCUGCCCUGGCAGUGAUGUCAUCAUGAUUGAGACGGCCAACUACGGCCGCACGGACGACAAGAUCUGUGACGCUGACCCCUUCCAAAUGGAGAACGUGCACUGCACUCUGGCUGUGCUUAGCAUCUGCCUCCUCAUAGAGCUGAUCAAUGCAGCCCUCUCCCUGCUAUCCAUCACACAUGUAACGGAGGGAGAGGUGCUACUGGUGUGUGUCGUGGCAGGGUCCGAUGUUCCAGACCCCUGCCCAGGGACCUACAAGUACCUGGAGAUACAGUACGAGUGUGUCCCCUACAUCUUUGUGUGUCCGGGCACACUGCUGCGGGUACAGGCGGCCAGCUCGCUGCAGGAGGCGGAGCAUCAGUCGGGGGCAUGGUGUAAGGACCCCCUGCAGUCAGGUGACCGGCUCUAUGUUAUGCCUUGGACUCCCUACCGCACCGACAUGCUGUAUGAGUACGCCUCCUGGGACGACUUCAGACAGAACCGMGCCACCACCACCUACAAGUUGCCGAACCGUGUUGAUGGCACMGGCUUCGUGGUAUACGACGGCGCCGUGUUCUACAAUAAGGAGCGCACACGCAACAUGGUCAAGUAUGACCUGCGCACACGCAUCAAGAGCGGCGAGGCCAUUAUCGCCAACGCCAACUACCACGACACAUCGCCCUACCGCUGGGGUGGGAAGAGCGACAUCGACCUGGCGGUGGACGAGAACGGGCUGUGGGUCAUCUACGCCACAGAGUCCAACAACGGACGACUGGUGGUCAGCCAGGUGAACCCAUACACCCUGCGCUUCGAGGGCACCUGGGAGACCAGCUUCGACAAGAGGCUGGCGUCCAACGCCUUCAUGGCGUGCGGCGUGCUCUACGCCGUGCGCAGCGUCUACCAGGACGACGACAGCGAGGCCGGCGGGGACCUGAUCCUUUACGCCUACAACACGAACCGAGCCCGGGAGGAGCCCGUCCACAUCCCCUUCCCUAACCCCUACCAGUACGUCUCCUCUGUGGACUAUAACCCCAGAGACAACCAGCUCUACAUCUGGAACAACUAUAAUGUUCUGAGAUACCCGCUGGAGUUCGGACCACCGGACCCCACCACUGGCCCUUUGACGACCACUCAGGUGACCAGCACCACUCCAGCCCGACCUUUCACCUCCAGUUCUAGCCCUGCUACCACCCGCCCCCUGGCCCCCACUUCUCACCCCAUUGGCGCUAUCAACAAGGGCCCUGACCUGCGGCCAAUCACAGCCACCGUACCAGUCACCAGGCGGCCUCCCCGCCCACCCGUCCAGGGCCCAGAGCCCCAGGUGUGUGAGUCCAGAGUGGCCAGAGGGGUGCAGUGGCCCUCCACCCAGAGAGGAGAGACUGUGGACCGUCCCUGUCCUAAAGGAUCACUAG